AUGGAGGAGGAAGAUUUGCGACAGCAGAAACUGGAUAAUCAGCGGUCCAUUUUGAUGAAAAAGCAACAAAAGAAGCGUGCUGAUCGUCAGAUGGUGGUGUCCAAUCGGGACGCCCGCCUGAAGAACCGCAAACAAAAAGGCCGUUCGGAUGAAACGCCGUUGUUGACCAGCCAAUCUUUAAGCAACAUCUCCUUGAGCGAGCAAGUGGAGCACGCCCUCGACAACCCGUUGGAUGUUAUCACGCUUGCCGAAAGCGACGUGAAGCCUACGGAGAAGCCUGUCGCUCCCAAAAAGAUUGAUUUGACCACGGAGUGUGAGGACGAGCCAACGGAGAACGACGAGGCGCUCGCGGAAGGCAAGAAGAGAGAGAAAACCAAAGCGAGGUGCCAAAUCAGCGACGACAGCAAAGACGAAGACGUUCAGACGGACGGCAAACAAAGACGGAAGAGGAGAGGGAAAAACACGCCUAGUUUAGCAUCUCUAAACUCAAAUUACAAGAAGAGUUCGUCUUCGAGCGGCGGCUCCAACAACAGAACGGCUUCUCCGAUAUCAUUAGAGGAUUUGGAGGCGUUCGCUUUACGUCCCGCGCCCAGAGAAACAACCAUUCAGUGUCGGGUCACAAGAGACAGGAGGGGCAUGGAGAAGGGCAUGUUCCCCACGUACUACCUCCACAUGGAGAAAGAUGAUGGAAAAAGGGUGUUUCUCAUGGCGGGGCGAAAAAGGGUGAGGAGCAAAACGUCCAACUAUCUAAUCUCAACAGACCCAACAAAUCUGUCCAGAGACACCAGUUGUUACAUCGGAAAGCUGAGAUCCAACGUUUUGGGGACAAAGUUCACCGUGUACGACGGAGGAGAAAACCCGGAGAAAAAACCUUUCAUCAAAGAGUGCGAAUCUGUGCGACAGGAGUUGGCGGCUAUUUUUUACGAGACGAACGUCCUAGGAUUCCGCGGUCCUCGCAAAAUGACCGUGAUCAUCCCGGGAAUGCAGGAGAAUGACGACAGAGUAGUCAUUCAACCCAAAAAUGAACGCGAAACCCUGCUGGCGCGCCAUGCUGACGGCGCAACGGAAAAACUGGUGACGCUGGUCAAUAAAUGUCCCAGCUGGAACGACCAGACGCAGUCAUACGUGCUCAACUUCCACGGACGCGUCACACAGGCGUCUAUUAAAAAUUUCCAGAUCAUCCACCCGGAUAACGGCGACUACAUCGUGAUGCAGUUCGGUCGCGUUUCCGAGAACGUCUUCUCCAUGGACUACAGCUUCCCCAUGUGUGCCCUUCAGGCCUUCGCCAUCACGCUUUCAUCUUUCGACGGAAAACUAGCCUGCGAGUGA